ACUCUCUUUUUUUCAGAAGCUCUCUAAUUAAGCUUGAACUUUUGGAGGAUCAAUGGCGGACGUUCGCACACAUUCACAUCAGCUUCAAGUGCACCCUCAACGCCAGCACGAAGGAGGCAUCAAAGUCCUUUAUCCCCAGAGUGGCCCUUCUUCCACUCAGGUGCUAGCUGUGUUUGUCGGUGUUCCUGUUGGAGGGACGCUGCUGACUAUAGCUGGUUUGACAUUAGCCGGUACAGUUAUCGGACUAAUGCUAGCAUUCCCGUUGUUUCUCAUCUUCAGUCCGGUAAUCGUACCAGCAGCCUUUGUGAUCGGUCUAGCUAUGACCGGAUUCUUGGCGUCAGGGGCGAUAGGUCUCACUGGACUAUCAUCCAUGUCGUGGGUACUCAACUACAUCCGCCGGGCUGGAGAGCACAUUCCGGAAGAGCUGGAGGAAGCAAAGCAGCGUUUGGCGGACAUGGCAGAGUACGUGGGACAGAGGACUAAAGAUGCUGGACAAACCAUAGAAGACAGAGCUCAUGAUGUCCGAGAGACCAAGACAUUCGAUGUUAGAGACACCACCAAGGGGCAUAAUGUCAGAGACACCAAGACUCACGAGGUCCGAGUGGCAUCCACGUAAAGCGUGUGUGUUGAGUGAACAAUGGUGAAUAAAAGGAUCGACUGUUAGUUUUUGAUGUUUGUGUUUUGUUUUAAGUGUUUGCAUUUGCUUGUACGCUCCUUUUGAGUUUAGUUUUCUUUCUUUUUUUUAUCUGUAACAAUAAUGUCCGAGACGUUUUGCUUCUAUAUUUUCAAUCAGUUCUUUGUUUA